UCUUGUUGUAUCUGGCGUGCUCCCAUCUAUGUUGUGGACCUUCAUGAAACACGAGGCAAGAAUAGGCACCGAGCGGCCACAGCAGCAGCAGCAGAAGCAGCAAUCGAAGCGGUGGCUACGAAUUCCACAUCCUCGGAUGCACGAACGACCGUUCGUGCUGCUCCCUUUGGCAGACAUCAAACCAGAUCUGGCACACCCAGUACUGCGCUCGACUGUCAAAGAACUUCUCUCAGGCCUAGGUUUAUCCGCAGGCGUGGGAAACACAACCUUGUCGGCGGCAGCGGCGGGCGCCAAGGGGGUUGAGGGCCAAGCGGGGGAAUCAGCAGGAGCGGGUGGUGCGGAGAGAGUGCUGCCGAUGGGCGUUUGCAGCAACGGACACACGAGGUUGUGGCCUAUGGAAGGGAGGCGAAGUCGAACUUACGUCAUGGGCAUCCUUAACGCGACUCCGGACAGCUUCAGCGACGGCGGGCAGCACUAUAGACGGGAGGGGGGCGUGGCCACAGCCGUGGAGCAUGCUUUGCAGAUGUUGCGAGACGGGGCUGACAUGCUUGACAUCGGCGGGGAGUCCACAAGGCAAGCAAAGCGUCUGGCUUUGCCGGGGGCAGCCGAGGUUUCCCCCGAGGAAGAGAUUUCUCGCGUUGUGCCCGUCAUUCAGGGCAUACGCGCCGCUGCAACCGCUGGCGGCGAAGCAGCAGCCGGGGAGGGUGACGAUUGUGACGAUUGUGAUGAUUGUGCCACCAUCGGACCCGUGACGAUCACCGUAGACACGCGUCGAGCUGCAGUGGCGGAAGCGGCGUUGGCGGCAGGGGCAGACGCUGUCAACGAUGUGUCCGGGGGCACGUUCGACCCUCGGAUGUUGGCAACCGUGGCUCGCGCCGGGGUGCCUUUGGUGAUGAUGCACAUGCGUGGAACCCCUCAAACGAUGACAUCGCUGACGGACUACGGCGGUAACAUCGUGGGCGAGGUUUCUUACUCGUUGGAAGCGUGUAGCAGGGCGGCUGAUAUUUCGGGGGUCCCGAGCCUGCUCCUUAUGCGUCAGCUAGAUGUCAUCGCCAAGCACGUGGGGAGCCCGUUGUUGGUGGGACCCAGCCGCAAGCGGUUUAUAGGAGAGUUGACGUCCGAAUCAGACCCGGUCCAGCGAGAUUGGGGUACGGUUGGGGCUUGCUGCUCGGCGGCCGAACGCGGGGUGAAACUGGUGCGGGUGCACAACGUUAAGGGUGCGGUUCAGGCUCUUGCCGUCGCGGAUGCGAUACGAAACGAGGGAAAAGACAAGGACGGGGAAUGAGAUCCUUUGUUGUUUCCUCGUUGGUCUGUU